UCUUCGGUUUGUGUUUGACUUCAGCUUCACACGGCGGGUGAGCCCACUUUGACUUUCCCAGCAGCUCCAACGGGACAUUUAAACACAGAGGCAGCAAAUGUUGUGCAGAUUUACCAUCAAACAUCAAAAUGCAACGAGUAGCUGUCAGGCAUCACCUUGUCCUCCUCUUCUUCCUCCAUCUCCUGAGCACAGCUGAACUGGAGGCGGUGGAUAAAGUGCUGGUGGAGGUGAUCGUUGACAGCUCCCCCUGUAGUGCCACCUGUGGGCUGGGCGUUAAAACUCAAACCCUGUGUUUCUUAAAAGAUUCCGAGACAGCCAUGGAAGAAGGCGUGAGAAAGGAAGAUGGAGCAGAGGUGUUGAAGGCGUGUCGUGUCCGUAAGGUGAAGUGUCUGGAGUCGUGGCAGUGUGGACUCAGCACCAUGACUGUGACUUCAGGACAGAGAGUGGACAUUGAUUGUCUGGGAGAAGUCAUGGAAGCGAUGGGAAGGUUUUCCUGGAGAGUAUCGUGGCGAUACGCCCGAGGAGUAAUCAGCUCCGACGACUCUCUGUUUGAUCGCUGGCAUGCUCCUUUGCUGGACCGAGUGAUUCUGGACCCCAUCGCGGAGGAGGACGCAGGCACCUAUUGCUGUGUUGUGCAGGAUGCCACCUUCCACAUUGUGAAGACAGUUUACUGGGGGAUCCGGGUUUUGCCCGUCGGCAUUCUAAAUCUGGACUAUGAAAGCUCUCUGGUCCAGUGGGACUCCACUGGAAACCAGCAGAACCAGACCAUGUCAGACCAGCAAGACUACAGGACGGCUCUUCUUUACACAGUGCUGAUCAGUUUGAGCCUGGCAGGCGUCGGGGCUGGACUGAUUCUUCUGGGGCUCUACUGGACACACUGUAGGACAUAUCAAGUUGGUUUAACUUGGAAAACACACCUGCUGCCUUGAAGAUGCAAGUUAGCUCU